AUUACAUUUAGGCGCUAGUUUUGUUCUAGUUGCUACAUUGUCUUCGAUGUAACUUUUCCAUAUGCUCGCAUACGUAAUCAGCUUUGGUUGCAGCCCGUUGUCACAGCUUACAUAUACAAGUGUGCGAAACAAAGUUGGGAGUCAGAGUUGUUAAACGUGUGAGAAUUUUCAGGAUGAAAUCACCACAGAGGAGAUGGCAUAUGGAAUUUAAAUGACCUCGGAUGUACGAAAUUUUACUUCCUCAAAUAACACACAAAACUCUAUCGCGACUCAUCAAACUACACAAUUAUCCGAGUUGGAGACAAUAUCAAUUUUAGACAUAAAUGAGAGCUCAUUUGUAUCUAGUACUAAGGAUCAGUUGUUUGCUUACCAACAAGCACUAGAAAAUUGGCUUCGGAAAGCUGUGAUCCAUACAUUCGCUAAAUUCUCAUCGAAUCAUAGGUCAUUCGAAUCGGUUACAAGAAUUGUGGGCCUUCCUACAUCACUUGCUUGUGCACUGAGCUAUUACAUUCCUGAAUUUUGGAAAAAUUUGUCCAUUGAUGACAAAUUGGAUCAAGUUUGCUUGGAUCAUUAUCUAUCAUUAUUGACCGUAUUGGAUACAAGUACAAAUAGUAAUGACGUGGCUAAUGUUAACCUCAAUAUUGAAUCUGAUCUAUUCAAUGAUGACUGUGAAAAUGUUGAAAGAAUUGUCAAUUUACUUCAACGUUUAAGUAAACCACUGUAUGAUUUACAAUCUCUUCUGGUAUCUAUCACACGCUUGUUGAAUCAAUAUCCAAAAAGGUCUAUAAAUGAACGAAUUGGAAUAAAACAAAAUGAUGAUUUAUGUCUUGUGAUUAGUAUUUAUCAGUUGAUUUCUAAAGUUUCUAUCAGUAUCGGGAGUGUUUAUCAUUCCUCUACAACUGCAGUCUCAUCCACCACCACCGCAACCAUAACAACCACUGCUGCUUCUCCAACUUGUACCACCUCUGUUUCGGUGACUAGUACAAACAGUAACCAAAGUGAUAUUUUACAAUCAAAUUAUACGUGUCACAUACAAAACGGAGUUUUACGUGAUUUAGUUCGCAUCUCUGGGAUUGUUGCCAAACCAGCAAGACCAGCACAUCCAAGUAAUCAACCGAUUCCUGUAGUAAAUCAGUCCACAGUAGAUCAGUUAGUUAGUUCAUCUACUUCAUCAUUCAGCCAAUCAAAAGACAUGAGUAAUUGUAACAAUAGUACUACUACUAGUAGUAAUACUUGUUUGCAACCUGAUGAAAGCAUACAUUCCACAUUCAAUAACAGAGCUUACAAUGAUUUGGCAAUUAAUAAUGAAGAAAAUCAAAAUAUCAACAAUAUUACAAAUGAUAAAACCAGUGAUUUAUUAAAUGAUAUAGCUCGUGUAGCUUUAAAUCGUAGUCUUUCAACGCCGUGUAAAGAUGCUGCUAGCAAUGAUGUUAGAGAGACAAAACCACAACAAGAUAGUAGAAGUUCAACAAAUGGGCAUUAUUAUUUAAAUCAGAAAUUUCCUCUGUCAGAUUGUGAUAAUUCAAUCAAUGUCGUUUAUUCUAAUCAUUCUACAACGGGAAUAAAUACUACUGACACUAUUACUGCUACAGCUGAUGAUAAUGUUCGUCAACCAUUUACACGCAAUUCACUUUACGCCACAUUUAAUAAGCGCCCAACUCCAUGUCUUUCAAAUAAUUUGCCGUCGAUUGGUAGCCUUUCUCAACCAAAUAAUCCAAUGAAACGAAUGGGAACAAAGUCACCACGAGUAAAUUCUGUUACGGAUAUCAAUCUUUCACAAGUCACACUACCAUCUUUACGAUCGGAAUUUGAGAAGCGUAAGCGCUCCCUAUCCUCUGUGACACCUGCAGAUGUAGCCCAGCUGUCUAAAGUGGACAAUGAUUUACCUUCAGGAAAAACUACUUGGAAGGUUGCCGGAACAUCACGCUUACAGGCACACAAGGUUAGUGAUGGUGAAAACGCUAUGGACAACUCUAUUUCGUCUACUAGUGAAAAAUCUGAUCAAGAAACUGCAAAACCUGGCCGUGCUGCAGCUCUAAGACUAUCUUUAGAGCAAAGGAGACGAGCUAUCGAAGUAUCAAGACAACGUGAACGCCUAGCUACUACUAAAGCUACUGCUGAAAGAAAUAAUGCAGCAUUCGUUAAGCUUCUUCAAGAGCGAUUUCAUCAACGUCGAAAUGUUACAGCAGAGGACAGUCAAUUACCAAAUGGUGUUGUUUCAGAAUCUGAAGUGGCUUCUACUGUCGUACCGGCAUCACCAAAGGAACCAGAAAAAUUAGAUCGAGGUCUUAUAGAUUCCGAAUGUAUGCAAGUAAUGACAGAUACUGAUCAGAUUACUGUACCUGCUUCUCAAAUUGGUCAAGCUACGGAUUUAGAUGAAGAUUUUUCAAUGCUCUCCUCAUCUACAGUUCCAAAUGUUAAUGAGCCUCUACAAGAUAGCUCUGUGUUCAUGGAAACUAGUCAAACGAUUGCAGUUCUGGAGGAUAGUUACCAGUCACAUGAAUCCCAGCCAAAUGAAUCUGUGGCUUCUUCUCCUAAGUCUCCACAAGUGUGUCACAGUGGAAGUCAAGUAUAUGAUUCUCCGAGUCUUGUUACAAAACAUUCGAAGCAUCAUGAUGUUACUAAUCUAAACAAUCAUCGCAUUCAGAAUUAUCACAGUACAGAUCGCCGUUCAUCUGUAUCAUGUCAAAGGUCGGAUAGUGAUGAAUCUGAUUAUCUUCCAUCCAAUGUCUCAGCACCUCAUAUGAUCUCCCCAACUCCUCCAAGUUGGCAUCAAUCUUUACCUUAUCAGCGUAAAAAAGAUACUAAAAGGCCAAAGUCUAGGUACAGUGAAAGAGAGUCCACACCUCAACCAGAAUCAUUUAUAGAUAUGAAUAAUCAACAGCCUCAUAAGGGUUCCAAGUAUCGACGCUAUGUAGACAAAACCUAUUCAGGACAUCCUGCUUAUAAUAGUCACAGUUUUGUUCCAGUUGACUCAUUUCAUAGUAUUCAGUCUCCCUCUUUUAGACGCCAUCAUAUCAGUCAUAAAGUUCGUCAAUAUGAUACUCUACAAAAUCCCGAACAGCGAAUUCUUCAUAAACAUAUGUGUCAAAAACAUCAUCGUCCUCAUAUAAUGUCUAAUCAAACUAUACAGAGUGGUGAUUAUUGUGAAUGCAUCUCAGAUGAGGAAAGUUCAGAAACAGCUGGUGAUUCUAAUUACACUUAUGAUGAUCAUUCUUAUCCAUAUGUCAAUCGAAUGGCUUACUCUGGCCGAUUUUCUCAUCGAUCAUUAUCUAGAUUAGCAAAACCCCAUUCUAAAAAUCGGUACAAAUCCAACGGUCGCAAAUCCACAGAUUAUGCUUACGAUGUAGAAGAAUUAGAAGUUAGACCGCACUCCCCGGCUGGAUCAUAUGCUUCAUCACGUGGAAUGACACGUGGACCUAGAAUUGAUAUAAAUUCACUGGGGUAUGGUAAUAACCACUCAAUAACGCCUAUUGUUGAUCCCGUCACAUUAGACCAGAUUAAUCGUAAUAUGUCUGAUUUACGCUCUGGUUUUGAACGUCUUUCGAUGCAACAACAAGUUCUCUUGGCUUCAUCAUCUGCAACAACAGCAGCUGCUCUAGUUGCGAGCAGUUUUCAAAAUCAACAACAGCCACCAGUUUCACCAGUAAGUCCACUGUAUCAAGCACAAGGACUCUCGACAUCUAUAUCAAAUAUAUCUACGACACGUGCUACUUGGAGUGAUCGACCUAUUGUUCGCGAUUUGAGUGUACAACGUGAUAUCCACUCAUCAUUGGGUAUUAAUAAUAAUUCGGUAGUAACAAGUGGAUGCAAUGAACCUAGGAUUUCGAACGAACCGCUCGUGAAGGAUGGUGAUAAUGACCCGGCCAUUUCAAAUGAACCCUCUCAUGAUGAUCAUUCUAAUGAAAAUAAGGAGUGCCCAAUUUUCGUCAGUGUUGGUGAUACAUCCAACUCUUCAACUGCGCCAUCAAAUCCAUCACCUGUGGAAAUCAGUCAAAAACAAGUGAGAUCUCCUCUUGUCAGUGCAAAUAAUGCUAACCCAGAAGGAAAACUUUUCUUUAUUGAAUUUCAAGAGCCAGACCCUGAGCGUAUGCAGCGUACAAGGGAUAGAUUAGAAGCACGUCGAGCUACAGAAAGAGCUAUGGUUGCUGAACAAUUGGAAGCAUUGCGUACCACUGGACGUAAAGAAAAGGAAGCAGCUGAUCGUGCACAGUAUGAACGAAAAUUAAACGAAAAAGAAAGACGUGAAGCUGUAUUACAAGCACAUCUAUCUAAGAAAGAAGCUACUGUAUCACCUGGAAGUCGUAACAAUAAUCCGUAUCCUGUAAGAUCUGGUUCAUCAGCACUUUCUAAAUCUGAAAUCAAUUUAUCCUCCACCACACCUAGACGUAGUUCAAGUAAGAAACCGCUUAUUACUCCAAAACGUGAUCGAAAUGCACCUGUGGCUUCUUCAUUGGAUACUUUCCCAUCAUCGAACGCGAGUUCUCGUGUUAACUCAGCCAAAUCGAAAGUACUUCCACCAGCUACUACACGUGGCAGCGGUGAUGGUGAAGCUUUAGAUACAAAUGCUGAACCUGACUGUGAUAGCUCUUCUUUCCGAGAAAAAAAGAGUCGCACAAUUCGUAAUCGUCCUGUCAAUGGUGGCAAUGAUGCCUCUCGUAAGGCAAGCACACCGCUGUCGUCUGGAAUUAGUUUAUCUUCAUUACACCGACUUGGUGCUUCAGAAUCACUGUCUAGCGGUCCUGGUCUACCUGUUCAAUGUUUAAAUCAACCGCGUUUAUUUGUGAAACCUAAAGCAAAAUCAAAUCGAACAGUAGUUGUGAAUGCUAUCAGCCAUUGUUGUUUAGCUGGAACUGUCAACGAACCAACUAAACAACUCGCACUUAAAGAAUUGGCUGCUACUGAGGGAACCCAUUUCAUGAUACUUUUCCGAGACUCACGGUGUCAGUAUCGAGCUGUUUAUUCAUUCGAUUUAGAAUCUGAAGAGUUGAGAAUUAUUUGUGGUAAUGGUCCACGUAGAAUAACACAUGAAAUGGUUAAUAGGUUUUUCAAGUACAAUAGUGGAGCAAAACAAUUCACUGAAAUCACUUCUACAAAGCAUCUUAGUCCUGUAGUUGAUGCUGUCACAAUUCACGAUGCUCUUUGGAAUAAAUCCGGUGGUGCACAUACAAUUUUACCAAGUCAGUGUUCUUGAAUAUUCAAACUUUUAUUUUACUUUUUUUCUGUGAAAGAGAAAUAACCUGAAUUUUCCUCGUUGACUACUUGUUCCCUUUACCCUACUACUUUUUGGUUUUUGAACUAUGAUUGUCCUCAUAAUGUCUUUAUUAUUAUCAUCAUUAUUAUUGUCGUCAUUAUCUUCAUCACCUCACUCUCAGUAAACAGUACGUAUCAACUAUGUAAUCAUCGUAAUGCUUACCACUCUUAUGUUAAUCCGUGGCAAAGUAAACAUUUUAUUCCUGUUUUUCUGUUUCAUAUGCAUUAGAUUGCUAUCGAGAAAGAUUCUGUGCGCUUGUUCAUCAGAUCAUUUAGACCUACUGUCCCUCCAUAUAUACAUAAUCGCACACACAGAGAGACAACUCUAAGAAUACGUAUCAGAUAAAUUCAUGCAACAACUGCAUUACACAAUAUUCUUUAUAUUGUGGUUAUACAAACAGAAUUAAACAAUUUAUCAAAAUUAUAUAUUUUUUUUGUUAUAUGAUGAAUGUCUUUAUGUUCAUUCAUAUUCUUUAUAACCAUACCUUCGUCUUGUCUUAUUCUUGCAGUGUAUUCUUAUUUGCCAGAUAAAAUGAUUUUCUGCAUUUUUCAAUCUCCCUGUUCAUUUUUAUCUUUCUAUCACCUGUUUUAUGUGAGUGUAAUAUGUACAACUUUCAGAUACACCAUUGGUCGUGUAGAUUUUCCCUAUACUUUGAGUUUCUAAAGAAUGUAUGCCAAAAUAUUUUGGUUUUGAUUUGCGAACUACUAUUCUAAAAGUCAACUUGGAAUGGAAGUAUAUGCAAAGUUUAUUUCUGUUUUUUAUGGUUACUCACAAUAUCAUUACUAAUUGUGAGAUAAACUAUGGGGAGAAGGGGAAGAUUAUUAAUCUAAGCAUUCUUAGACAUGGAGCACAUGUGCAUAUCUAAAUUGCCCAUAUGUCUGCGUAUGUGUUUUGUUCUCCUCUCGAAAAGCAAAUGGUAUGGCACUUAAUUUCUUGGUCACUGUUUGGUGCUUAAUUGUCUAACGUUUUCUUUCAUUCCUACGUUUAUCAGUUUGGCAUAUAAAUGUUUUAUAUAACGCAUAACUUCUCUCCCCUUUGUCUUUCGGUUCAAGUAUAAUUGUAAAUUUACGUUGAUUUGUUUGUUUUCUUCUUAUGUAUGUGUAGUUGUCGAGGUAUUUUCCUCUGUAAUUUCUCUUCUUUUAUUUUCUCGUUCCAUUACUAUUGUCUUGAUGUUUAUCUCCUGAAUUGGUAUCCAGUGUUGAUUGUUGUACACUACACUGACGAUCUUAGAUAUGUUAAUGUAAGCAGAAUGGAAUUAGUCGACACCGCUUCUUUAUUAACCGGUCGGUUCUUUUUUGUUGAUAUGUGUUUCAUGUUCAGCUAUUCCAAGUGUAUGAAAGCAUAUGACGUUUUGUUUUUUAUAUUUCAACUCACCUCAAAAAUAAUUUCUGGGGUUAGGAUAUAUUCCUUGUUGUUGAUAUUUCUGAAAAUGUUCUGUUUAUCAAAUAUGAACAUCGUGUCUUGCCCAUGUUUAACCGAAUAUAUCUGUCAGUAGUGUUGACUAAUGAGUUAUGCAUUUGAUAAAAUCUCAUUCUUACAUAGCGUAAAGUAUUCUUGGUUAAUAUCCACAAAUUUCUGUAGAUAUUUCUGAGUAGAUGCUAGGGUCAUUUACCUAAAAAGUCAUGUUACUUCUGUCAGUACAGACCAGUUCACAGACUACCUUUUAGCAUUUAAGAAAGCACAUGAAAAGUUUGCUUUCAAUAACCACCACUGUCAGUCCUGUUACCUAUUAAUUAUUUUUCUAGUUUCUUGUCUCGUACUAACCAUCUACGGUUACAUACAUGAUGGCUGACAUGCUCUUAACGGAGAAAAUGGAGGAGUCGAAGGCCAAUUUUCAAACCGUAUCCAUGUCUACUGUCGCAAGUAUGCGAUAACCCACUCCAAUAUUAGUAGGCUAAUCAGUCUCAUAUCAGCGCAAUAAAGAGUUUAACUCAACCUAUGCAUUCAAGAUAUAAACGGGGACCUAGUCCGGGUCUAGAUUUUCCUCGAAUAAUUUCUUCUCUCACAUUGGAUGACCUCAUGGUCAUCUGCCACCUUAGUUUACUAAUUAAACUUAUGACAUGCAAUGAAUUCUCAAUUUUCACCCCGUCUACUUAUAAUAGCUUCUUUUGAUAUAUGUUAUUCCACCUCUCUUUCGCCACUCUACUUUUGUUUUCUAACUUAACUUACGGUGUCUGUUUAUUACAGGAACUGAAAUAUCACAGUAUGCUAUAUUGC